AUGGCACUCUUCAGGCAGGCGUGGAGCCUCGUCACGGAUCCGAAAUCCACGAAAUGGACCGCCCCUCUACAACUUCUCGCCGACGCCGUCUUGUGUGGAGCAGUAAUCCUCAAAAUACCCUACACCGAAAUCGACUGGUCCACCUACAUGCAACAAAUCGAGCUCUACCUCUCCGGCCAACGCGACUACGCCAAAAUUACCGGCGACACGGGACCCCUCGUCUAUCCCGCCGCCCACGUCUACAUCUACCGCUUCCUCUAUUACCUCACCUCCAACGGCACCGAUAUCUUCGCCGCACAAUGCAUCUUCGCAGGUCUCUAUCUCGCUACCCUCUGGAUCGUCAUGCAAUGCUACCGAGCCGCCAAUGUGCCGCCGUAUAUUUUCCCGCUGUUGAGUCUCAGCAAGCGAAUGCAUUCGAUUUUCGUGCUGAGGUUAUUUAAUGACUGCUGGGCGGUGUUCUUUCUGUUUGCUGCGAUUUGGUGCUGGCAGAGGAAGUUGUGGACUUUUGGGACGUUGAUGUAUAGUGUUGGGUUGGGCGUCAAGAUGAGUUUGUUGCUUCCUUUGCCGGCGAUUGGGGUGGUGCUUUGGCAGGGAAUGGGGAGGGAUCGGGCGUUUUAUCAGGCCCAGAGUAUUGGGCAGGUGCAGACACUAAUCGCAUAUCCAUUCAUCUGGGGCGGGAUCUGGAGCUACAUCACGAGAGCGUUCGAUUUCUCCCGCCAAUUCCUCUACGUGUGGACCGUCAACUGGAGAUUCGUGAGCGAGGCCACAUUCCUGUCGAAACCAUUCUCCUACGGAAUGCUGAUCCUCCACGUCUUCCUCCUUCACCUCCUCGGUGUUGGGAGAUGGCUCAGACCUGCCGGUGUCAGUCUCGGAGGAGCCAUCGAACAGCUCAUCUCUCCACCUUCCAAAGAUGAACUAAGACGCAUCGCAGCAAGAGUGACACCAGACUUCACCCUUACUGCCAUCCUGACAUCCCUCAUCAUCGGCUGUCUCUGCGCCAGAAGCCUGCACUACCAAUUCUUCGUGUACAUCGCGUGGUCGGUGCCUUUCCUCCUCUGGAGAAGUGGAAUGAGCGUCGUCAUGAUCUAUGCGAUCUGCUUCGCGCAAGAGUGGGCAUGGAAUGUAUACCCAAGUACCAACGCUAGCUCCGCAGUGGUCGUCGGCAGUCUCGCGGUGACGGUCUUCAGCAUUUGGAUUGGCACCAGCUAUUAUGUCAAUCCGCCAAAGGAAGCUCAGAAGGUGGAAGCUGAGCAUACAAAAGCAGAGUAG